AUGUCGGAAUCUGUUCUUCAAGCCGAGCUGGCAGUCGCCAAGGCGCGGUUAGCUCUGGCCCAGGCCCAGGAAGCCGCCCGCGCUCAAGUUGCGGCGGCGGUUGACGCAUCAUCGACACACAAGGCAACAGAGUCGGGCAAAGCUGCUAACGAUAAGCAGGACUGUGCGUCGACGCAGGUCCGCGAAGACGGCAUCAAAGACGCGACGAGCGCAGAGAUUAUCGAAGAGGUGCCUGAGCACGUCGAUGAUAACACACACGCUGAAGUCUGGACGAAGCUUCUCGAGGAACCGUUCACACUCGACGCUCGCGAAUCUGCCGUGCACGGCAUCGACUCAACAACCACUGACGCCGAGGUCGACACGCAGCCGGAGGUCGACACGCAGCCGGAGGUCGACACGCAGCCGGA